AUGAAGUGGGGACUCAUUCCUUUCUGGACAAAACGCAAUCCAGACUACGGCUCGAUGCUCAAGACGAUUAACUGCCGAGACGACUCGCUGGCUAUGGCUGGUGGGAUGUGGGCAUCGAUGAAGGGACGAAAGCGAUGUAUUGUGAUUGCACAGGGGUUCUAUGAGUGGCUGAAGGUGGGUAAGGAUAAGGUACCGCAUUUUGUCAAGAGGAAGGACGGUCAUCUCAUGUGUUUUGCGGAUGAUGACCAGAAAAAUUACACUUAUACGAUAAUAACGACAGAUUCCAACAAACAACUCAAAUUCCUACACGAUCGCAUGCCCGUUAUACUCGAUCAUGGCUCAGAAAAGAUGAAGAAGUGGCUUGAUCCAUCGCGAUAUGAAUGGUCGAAGGAGCUACAGGAUAUUCUGAAGCCAUUCGAUGGCGAGCUCGAGGUGUAUCCGGUGAGCAAAGAUGUCGGGAAAGUUGGCAACAACUCGCCAUCUUUCAUUAUUCCCAUUGCUAGCAAAGAGAACAAGUCGAAUAUAGCGAACUUCUUUGCCAACGCCAAAGGGGGUAAGAAGGACAGUCAGGAGACUCCUUCACCAGCGAAAGUGAAGCCCGAAGUUGAAGUCAAGAAAGAAUCGGGAAAUACAUCUAUCAAGGAGACGAAGACGGUUGAGGAAGUUGCUCAGCAUGCAGAUGACGGCGACCCCAACGAAGAAGCUAUCUAUGCAGCCGUCGCCGUCGCCCACGAAAACAAAGACAGCAUCACCGAGCAAGCUGGGGAGGGCGAAGAUCAGUGCGACAAGCAACGGCACUAA